AUGAGCUCACAGGUGCACAGUGUUCAGUCGCUGCUCAAAUCCUUCCCCAAGCGUCCGUUCGACCAGAAAGUAUUGCAUGAACUAGUGGGAAAAGAGGUCCGGAAGUUCCAAGGCAAGUCCUCUGCAGACAACGUCAAAAGUCAAUGGGAGUUUCUCCUCAAGAAUGAGGUGUUCACCUUGGCGGCAAAUGAGGGUAGCGCAUUGAAAUGCGACAGCACCUCGUACUAUGACGGUCUUCGCGACAGACUCGACUUGGUACUGACAUUCACCGAACACGACGUAUGCGAGGCAACUUUUCCAUUUACUGUCCUUCAGGACCUUCUCGAAACACAGACUAUCACGUCUUGCUCGCAGAUAUUCUCUUGGAUUGAGUCAAGCGCUGCUCGACUCACCAAGGAAAUGGUUCCCCAGAAAGGCAAGGCGCUCAUACUACUGCGCACCCUCAAUGAUCUCUUGCGUCGGCUUUCAAAAAUGGGCUCUACGACGAUAUUUUGUGGUCGUAUAUUGACCUUCCUGAGCGGCGUUUUCCCUCUGGGCGAAAGAAGUGGUGUCAAUUUGCGAGGAGAAUACGGGCCUAUGUGGGAAGGUGUCAAGGACAUGGAGAAAAGGGACGAGGAUGUUACAAUAGACUCCGCUAAGGGCCCUGAGGACAGCCAAAAAAUGGAGGUGGACGGGGGAAGGAAAGAAUCUGUAGAAAACAAAGACAAGGACGGUUUCUACACUACAUUCUGGUCCCUGCAACUACCUUUCUCCCGACCUCCAUUAUUUGCUAUUUCCAAUACAUUCACAGAAUUCAAGGAUGCCGUAGAUAAGGUGCUACCCGUCAUCAAAGAGGCGACCACGAAGGAGCGCGCCAUGAUGGGCAAUAGAGGCGCCAGCGGUACAAGUAACCUAAAACGAAAACGGGAACCAGAGUUGGGUGAAGCAAGUAAUAAUAGCGAAUAUUUCUUCGCAAAGUUCUUGACAAGUCCCGACCUUCUUAACCUAGAGAUUGCAGAUACCCAUUUUCGUCGACAAGUCUUGUUUCAACUCCUCAUCCUCCUUCACCAUCUCUUAUCAUUCACCAAAGCUGCAAAAGCUGUGUGGUCUACACCCAGGAACAGAUCUCUCCAAAUGGACUUUACGCUUGAACCUGUGGAUGCGCAGUGGGUCCAUGACACCAUCGUAAAGGCCUCUGCGGAGUUGCGAUCUACUGCUCCAAACGGUCCUACAUUCGCCGAUACUGUCAAUGUCAUUCUUGACAGGGAAAAGAACUGGGUGAGGUGGAAGAAUGACCUUUGCGCACCUUUUGAUAGGGAACCAUGGUCAGCUGAAGUGGGUGGCAGAAAGGUGGGGAUGGAGGAUGCGACGAGGGAAGCUCGCUUGAAGAGAAAGGAGGAUCCUGAACCGUGGAAGUGGAACCUGGGGUCUGAUUCGCUGACUGAGAUAUGGGAGAUGGGGUACAGGGAUUUGUCUGACUUGCAGAAUCCCUUCCAACCGGGUGACGUUAAGGAUUUCGUGAAGAAGGUCAAGCAAGAAGAUGCUCGUAUCGAAUUGCGCAGAAAGCAGCUCACGAAGAAUGCCGAACGCCUGGCUCAAGCGCGAGCCAAGGCAGCAGCUGCCGCCGCUUCGCAAGAGUCCACUGCACCGCAGGAGACGCCGGCUCCCGCACUACCUCCAGCUGAACCGACCAAAGUAGAGCCACCACCAGCUGCCGCCAGCUCGCCCUUGCAUCCAUCCCUUCCACCAAAACCUGGUUCAUCUCCAAUGAAAUCAUUCGCAGAAAUUGUAGCACCCACGCCAACUCCAACUCCAGUUGUAUCUGCCCCAGAAGCAUCCCCAGCUGCUGUUCCAUCGCCCGCUCCUUCUCUUACUGACGAUCAGAUAGCUCGAUAUGAAGAAAACCGACAACGCUGGUCAUGGCUUGCACUGCGCACGGCACGAGAUCAAUAUCUACAACAUUUCGGCAAGAUCGGUACGGGAGACGUUGUAUUACUUGCCAACGAGAUUGAAUUGGAAAAGGAACGGGAUAAGAAUCAAAAGACGCAGAAGGCCGAGGAGAUGCGUGUCCUGGUGACUGGUGGAGCUGGCUACAUCGGCUCGCAUGUAAUCUACGCUCUACAGCAGACAAGAAGAUACAAAGUUAUCUCCGUCGACAACCACCACAACUCAUUCCCUGCGUCGCUCACUCGUGUGGCCCAAAUUGCACGAGACGCACUUCCCGAAAACCCGUCGGAGGCAGACAAGGAGAGCGCAGAAAUUGAUGCAUUUGAGUGCAACUUGACCAGCCCGGAGCAAAUAAAAGGCAUCUUUGAACGCUAUGGAAAGGGUGGAAUAUGGGGUGUCGUUCACAUUGCAGCGUACAAAGCAGUCGGCGAGUCUGUUGAGAUUCCCUUGACAUACUACACGAACAACGUUGCUGCUACCGUAUCAUUGCUUCAGACUAUGUCUGACUUUGAUUGCACUCGCAUUGUCUAUUCAUCGUCGGCCACCGUCUACGGGACACCCCCUGUGAUACCAAUUCCCGAAACGACACGUCUGAAAGCAGACAGCCCUUACGGCAAGACGAAGGUCAUGUCAGAGAUGGUUAUCGAUGAUUUGUGCCACGCUGAACCGAACAGAUGGCGUGCCAUCUCGCUUCGCUACUUCAAUCCUGCGGGCGCGCAUCCCUCAGGGCUGAUAGGUGAGGACCCCCGAGGUCGCCCAGGGAAUCUUUUGCCUUUGCUAGCGCAUAUGGCCAUUGGCCGCGUGAAUGAUGCUACUCUGAAAGUGUUUGGAAAUGACUACCCCACUCCGGAUGGUACCUGCGUCCGAGACUACCUCCACGUACUUGAUUUAGCCUCCGGACACUUGCUCGCACUUGACGCUCUUGCGCCUGAAUCCACUACCUUUGAUAAUUGCCCCGACGAUGCUCGUUACAAAGCAUAUAAUCUCGGAAAAGGAAAGGGUAUGAGCGUCCUCCAGAUUGUUGAGGCAAUGCGCAAGGCUACAGGAUUCGAUUUCAAAUAUGAGAUCAUUGGGAGACGCCGUGGCGACGUUCCUGAUCUUACUGCGGAUCCUGCGCUAGCUGAAAGGGAGCUGGGCUUCAAGGCGCCGCAGCCUCUCGAGGUUAUGUGCCGAGAUUUAUGGAACUGGCAGACGAUGAACCCUCAAGGAUAUACCCAACAGUAA